AUGAACGCUUUUUUCAUUUGCUUAGUAUUUUGUCUCAUUGCCAUCAUGGCGACUGCUCAGGAAAUGGCAAAUAUAGUGCCUCCUGAGCCUAAUCCGAUUAGAGAUUUGAUAAAUGCUCUCUGCCAGAUGAUUAACAAAGUCAAGGAUCUAAUUCCGAAAGACAAGAUGUCAGAGAUUUCAAGUAUCUGCCCCACAAUCUACUACUAA